AUGCUAGGAACACUACUAUUCUGCCCCGAGUGUGGUACCCUUCUUUCUCUCCCUGUCGAGGACAACCUCAAGUAUGUUGAAUGUGAGCAGUGUCAAUAUCGGGAGCCCGCAUCGUCAUAUGAGAAUAUUGAGGUGACGACGGUCUCGACACUCGAAUCGAUCCCCUCUCCUCUGCGACUGAAACGAACGACCAGGACACGGGCGCACAUCGGGGGAGACUUGGACACCAAGGCGCAAUGCCCAAAAUGCGGUCAUCGUGAGAGUACGUACAAAGAGAAGCAAAUGCGAAGUGCCGAUGAAGGCGCUACGCUGAUUUAUUCUUGUCUCAACCCAGAGUGCAAGCAUACAUGGCGACAAAACGGAUGA